UUAUCGACGAAAUGUAAAAAUGUGAAAUAGGGGACAUUUUGGUUCUUUAGCGUAUCGCGCAGCCACUUAAAAACGCGUUUAGCGAAAUGAACUGGAAGCAGGUCGGCACAGGCGACACUCCGUGUUGACAUGCCAUGCAUCAUUGCUGACGAAGGAAAUGCUAUAUUCAAAGUUCACUCGACAUCAUCACGUUUCCUUUUCGGCUCGGCAAGAGAGGGAACCAUAUGCAGCGAGUUUCGCAUAAAAGCAGGCUGCUGAUGGUACGUUAAAUAUGGACGGGUGGACCCCAAUCGUUGGAGCAACUUCAGAGAAUGACCGAUCGAGCUCCGAAGGGGAGUACGUGCUGGAGACGGGACCUCCGAGCGAGACGGCGGAGAGAGACGGACAGCCGAAGGGCGGCAUCGAAAGGAUGGACGGGGGGACCGCUGUCGGAUUUGGGUUAAGCGGGAUCGGGGAGGGCAGCAUGUUAUUGGGUCGGGCUGGACAGACAUCCGACCAGGAACUUCGGUACCUGAACUUGUUAUGGGAACCAAAUCGGGCUGAGCCGGGUGCACCUGGUGUUGCUGGCAAGCUGGGGAAGAUGACGGGGGGCAGAGCGAGACGACAUGGCAGAGCUAUUAGAAAUGUUGGUCCGAUUGGAAAAGACAUUUACGCUAUGAAAAGACUCAGAGAAGCAGCCAAUAGUAAUGACAUUGAUACAGUGAGGAAGCUCCUGCAAGAUGACAUAGAUCCCUGUGCAGCAGAUGAUAAGGGAAGGACAGCACUCCACUUCUCCUCUUGCAAUGGCAAUGAGAGCAUUGUGCAACUGUUGCUAAGCUACGGUGCUGACCCUAACCAGCGGGAUGGUCUGGGAAACACCCCUCUCCAUCUGGCUGCCUGUACCAAUCAUGUGCCUGUAAUCACGACAUUGCUCAGAGGAGGAGCACGUGUGGAUGCCCUAGAUCGUGCAGGAAGGACUCCGCUACACUUAGCACGUUCAAAGCUUAAUAUCCUGCAGGAGGGAGAUUCACGGAGUUUAGAAACCCUGAGAGGGGAAGUGACACAGAUUAUUCAGAUGUUAAGGGAAUACCUGAACUUAAUGGGCCAGAGUGAAGCCAGAGAGAGGCUGGAACAUAUUUCGACACAACUGCAGCAAACGCACACCAAAGAACAGGUGGAUGAGGUGACAGACUUAUUGGCCAGUUUCACAUCACUCAGUCUACAAAAACAGAAUUUGGGGGAUAGGUAGAGGGUAGAGAAACAGAGUGGAUGUGGGGCAUGUUGGGUGUGUGGUUAAAUGAGUAUGUGUGUGAGGAAGAGCUACAGCAGUUUACAGAAGCAGAAUUUAGGGUGGUUGAGGAUACAGUGUGUGAGUGUGUGGGAGUGCCAGAAUCACAGCUGUGUCUUUGCAGAGACACUUUUUUUUUUUUUACUAAGAGCUAAUAUCUGUGGUGAAGACAAAGAUCUUAAUGAAAUCAUUCAAUACUUAAUGACCGCUGUAUUGGUUUGCCUCUCAACAUCUUUGUAGCCAUCUGCCUUUGCUCUUGCCUUGCAUGUUAUGUUCAUAUGUGAACUGUAUUGUAAAAUUAAUUUUGGAUAGUACUGUAAAUGAAUAUAUUUGAAUCAUUCACAUAAUAAACUA